GACAGAGACAGUCGGGGCAAAGUGUGUUUUUGUCCCUCACAGUCUAAGCUCUUCCCAUCCUGUUACUGACGCCUCACUUCUGCUUGGAUUGUUGCCACUUCGACACCAUGCUGCUUCGGACUGCUGUCCUGCUCCUCCUCUGCCUGUCCACAGGGAUGUGUGCCACUUUAGGCUACUACCAGACUGACGCAAAGGAGGACGGAGGCCCUGCUGCUGAUUCAGUUGUUGCUGCCGAAGAUGCCUCUGUAGACGUAGCCAAAGAAGGUGUCACUGCUGUUGAAGUAGGUAAUUCAUCUUCAGCUGAGGCAAACGCAGGUAACAGCGUUUUUGGUGACAAACCGCUGCGUGAAAUAGGUGUGAAGGGUAGCCAAUCAGGUGACAAACAUGAAGAAGAUGUCCAGGUGGUGGCAGAAGGUGCUACAGUCAAAGAAUCAGUGCCAGGCAGUGAUGGGCCUCCUGGAGACAGCCCUGCUAUGAAAGCUUUUACUAAAGAAGCUAAGAGCCUGGAACGACCUUCUUCUGGGGAAGAGGCGAAUGAGAUCAGACCAGUUCAGACAAACAAGACCCAGAAAACACCACAGGAACAAGAAGACAGCAGCUGGAGCCUCAACUCUAUUAGAAAUAGUUUCCAGACUGCGCACGGAUACUUCGACUCCCUAGUGGAACUGGUCGGUGGACACAAUGGUGUUUGUGAGUACCGCUGCAAAAGAUAUGGAGAACUUCCUCAACCUCGUCCUGGCUUCCAGCUCUCAGAGCCCAACGGCUGCAGCACCUCUCUGGUGGGAUUCCAGGUGAAUGCUGCUCUUGACCUGGGGAUCCCUGCUAUGACAAAGUGCUGCAACCAGCUUGACAUGUGCUACGAAAACUGUGGUACGAGCAAGUACGACUGUGACUCCAGGUUUCGCGCGUGCCUGCAUGACAUCUGCUCUGACCUUAAGAAGAGUCUGGGGUUUGUUUCGAAAGUGCAAGCCUGUGAAUCGAUGGCAGAUGCUCUCUACAACACAGUUUGGACUCUGGGUUGCAGACCUUACAUGAACAGCCAGAGGGCGGCGUGUGUCUGCGAGGGAGAGGACAGGGAUGAACUGUGACACAGAACACUAUGGACAUCAUCUGUGUGCUUUUGAAGACAACUAACAGAGUCGUAUUUCCACACGCAUAGCGUGCAUUUAUAGGCUUCUUUUUUCUUUUUUUUCCUUCAUAGACGAGAUGCCUCACAAGAGCCUCUCAAGAUUUAGAGGCCAGAGAUUGAAAAAGACAUAAAAGAGGAAUUUAAGUGAACAAUUUCUUUGGAUUUAUUCACAAUUGUUCAUGCACAUUCACUCGCCAUGCUCCUCAUUUUAGGCCAAUUGACUCUAUGACUCCAUUACCAUAAAUUACUUGAUGACUCCAAACAAAGUGUGUGACGGGAAGAUAGAAAGGAUAUUGUCACCGGAUUAAUUUCCUCUAGACAGAAAGACACCAGAUAAUUACUGUGGUGCUCAUGGCUCCUUGUGUGCUGCUAUCUUAAAUUUGUCAAGCUGCUCAAACCUUAAGUCAGUGUCAUGUAAAUCUAAUGCCUACUAUGUUAAUGCUUGAUGUAAGUUAUUUGCCAGUUAUUUGUUAUUUUUAUGAAUACAUUAAAGACUAAUUGCAGCUAAACUGACACGAUUAACUCCAGAUUAAUUGUCGGAGUGAUGAAGCUCAUGCAUAAUUUCCAGACGCGGGGUUCUGAUAUUUCUUUCCCAGCACACUGUAAUGUGUGGCGUGCUCCUCAUCGAUUACACCAAGCAAAUGAGUCAGAACGCAUCUUAUAGAUGUUUUAGAUGGGGUGAGAAAUAAACCACUUCCAUAAAUCCACUAAGUCUCUAAGCUGUAAUCAAGCCUGGGAAAUGCCUGAAAGUGUGACCCAGAAAAUCAUCUCUCAUGUAGUAGCUGUUAUGAGUGAUGUGUGGCCCCUUUCUCGCUUUUUAAUCGAAAUGUCAUUCACUUUAAGGUGAGCAUAAUGUGCUGCAAGUCCAACAGAUGCAAACUUGUUAUGAUGUGUUAAUGAGAAUAAAAGUUAUCUCCAACAAUAUAAAUAACAGUAGAAGGAAGAUAUACUGUAUACACA